AUGAAUGAACAUUCUUCACGUUCUCACUCUGUAUUUCUCAUCACUGUCAAACAAGAACAUCAGGCAACAAAAAAACAACUUGCUGGUAAACUAUAUUUGGUAGAUUUAGCUGGUUCAGAAAAAGUUAGCAAAACGGGAGCUCAAGGCACAGUAUUAGAAGAAGCCAAAAAUAUCAACAAAUCGCUUACCGCACUUGGUAUUGUCAUUUCUGCAUUGGCAGAAGGAACAGUGAGUUUUCCUUCCAGAUAUUAGCU